AGCAUUCGGUGAUCGGGCGUGCAACAGUUGUGAACCAACUACAAAGUGAAUUUCGAACUCCAAACGUUUAGUGAUAAUUUAAACAUUUAAUUACGGAUUAUAUGAAUAAUAUAUAAUUAUACACCCAAGGAUCGCUAAAAAUAUUACGUAACUUUCUUUAGUCGGGUACUAGCGACCGAAACUUGAGAAUGAAAUUAUUUCUACUUCUGCUGGCAUUAGCUGCCGCUGGUGCGCAUGCUGAUGUCUCACACUUGAGUAGCGACUUACAGGAGGAUGGUUAUCAUUACCAGCAGCCUUCGGUGCCUUUCCCAGCACCACCUUCGGGCAAUGGCAUAGAUGAUGUACAAUACCAACCAAGACCACAGCCACAGCCAUCGUACCCUGCACCACGUCCGCAGCCACAACCACAGCCGCAGCCAACGUAUCCAGCACCACGCCCACAGCCACAACCGCAACCGCAGCCACAACCAAGACCUCAACCUUCAUAUCCAGCUCCUUCACAGCCAUCAUAUCCAGCACCACGCCCACAGCCUCAGCCGCAACCGCAGCCACAACCAAGGCCUCAACCUUCAUAUCCAGCUCCCUCACAGCCCACACAGCCAUCCCCUCGUCCACAACCUCAACCUAGUCGUCCAGCGCCAGCACCACAACCAGGUCCGGAAUAUUUGCCCCCAGAGCAACCACAACAGCCAAGACCUCGUCCUCAACCACAGCCACGCCCACAACCUCAACCCCAGCCCUCGUAUCCUACACCAAGGCCCCAACCACAACCCCAGCCGUCAUAUCCUGCUCCACGUCCUCAACAACAACCUCAACCACGACCACAGCCACAACCGCGUCCACAACCUCAGGCAACACCUGGCCCUGAGUAUAUACCCCCAGCUGAACCAACUACUGGUCCAACUUAUCAACCACGGCCACAACCACCCAGUCCUGGUCCAACUUAUCAACCACGACCACAACUACCCAGUCCUGGUCCAACUUAUCAGCCACGACCACAACCACCCAGUCCUGGUCCAACUUAUCAACCACGACCACAACAACCCACUCCUGGCUCAACUUAUCAGCCACGGCCACAGCAACCCACUCCUGGACCAACAUUCCAACCACGACCACAACAACCCACUCCUGGUCCAACUUAUCAACCACGGCCACAGCAACCCACUCCUGGACCAACAUACCAGCCACGUCCACAACCACAACCAAAACCAUCGCAACCUGCCAAACCCGGUCCAGAAUAUUUGCCACCACCUGGUGAAAAUGAAGUAGGCCCAAAACAGCCGACACCUCGCCCUCAACCCCAACCUCGUCCGUCGCGACCCAGCCAACCGGCACCUCGACCAACCUACCCUGCUCCUCAGCCUAGUUAUCCGGGACCACAGUCAACGCAACCAGAACCAACGUACCCAGAAGGUCCAGGUGGUCCAAGCGGUCCAGGUGGUCCAAGCGGUCCAGGUGGUCCCGGAGGUCCAAGCGGUCCAGGAGGCCCAGGCGGUUCAUAUGGUCCAGGUGGUCCAAGCGGUCCAAGUGGUCCACAAGGCCCAGGUGGUCCAGGAGGCCCAGGCAGUUCAUAUGGCCCAGGUAGUCCAGAAGGCCCAGGAGGACCAAGCGGUCCAUACGGUCCAGGAGGACCAGGUGGACCAAGCGGUCCACAAGGCCCAGGAGGUCCAAGCGGUCCAGGAGGACCAAGCGGUCCAGGAGGACCAGGUGGUCCAAGUGGUCCACAAGGGCCGGGUGGUCCAGGGGGCCCAGGCGGUUCAUAUGGUCCAGAAGGACCCGGCGGUCCAAGUGGCCCACAAGGCCCGGGUGGUCCAGGAGGUCCAAGCGGUUCAUAUGGUCCAGGGGGCCCUGGUGGACCAACAGGACCUAGCGGUCCCGAGGCAGGAUCUCUCGGACCUGAUGGUUAUAACUACAACAAACCAGCUAGACCCUUCUCAUAUUAAAAUAAUGUACUCAACACAUGAAACUCGCCCAUUUAGUAUUAUAAACAACAACGAAAUUUUUAUGCAGAAUUUAAUAGUAAAAAGUAAAAAAACAAUAAAAACGAAAAUUAAUGUA